AUGGCUGUAGACACGGACUCUAGGGCCAUUGGCUUACCUGACGAUGAGCUCAUACGUAAAUAUGUUUAUGGAUGCCAUAUCUUGCACUACUACAACGUCGUGGACGCGUACGGCCACAUUUCGGUUCGCCUCAGCGAGUCCGUGUUCAUGAUGUCACGGUAUAUGGCCCCGGCGCUCGUAUCAUCCGCACAGGACAUGGUGUUAUACGAUGUUGAGAGCGGCGAAGCUCUCAAGGAAGACGCACCGAAAGGCUUCUCAGAACGAUAUAUCCAUUCAGAGGUAUAUAAGGCAUAUCCGAGCGUCCAAGCGGUCGUGCACUCGCAUUCACUCGAAGUGAUCCCCUUCUCCAUCUCACCGACGCCUUUACGAGCUUGUUUCCACAUCGCCGGCUUCCUAGGCACCGGCGUACCCGUAUGGGAUGCGGCAACGGUAUACAAAGAGAACCCUCAAGUGAGUAACGACAUGCUCGUUCGCAGCACGGAGAUGGGCGCAUCGCUGGCCAAAGCACUGGGCCCAGCCGAUGACGAAGGGCUGCCCAAGUAUCCAGUGGCGUUGAUGCGUGGCCAUGGCUUUGUUGCCACGGCCAACAGCCUGGAGAUGGCCAUCUGCAAGAGCAUCUACACCAUCCAUAAUGCACGUGUCCAGAGAUCUGCGGCGACGAUUGCGGGAGGCAUGGAGGGGGUGCACUUCUUCAGCGAGCGAGAGGCCCAUGACACGGCUCUAACAGCGAUGGCGGGAGCAGCCAAGCCGUGGCCGCUGUGGGUGGCCGAGGUUGAGUGCCAUCCGCUGUACAAGAACAAUGUGUAG